AUGCGUGGUAAAGCUGAAGCCGAGCUGAACGAGCGGGAUGAGCCAGGACCUCGACAGGGAGAAGGUCCAGGCUUAUUUCCCCGACAAGGGUAUAGUAAUCCGAGUCACCAAGUAAAGGAGAAUAUGCCAACCGGCCGGAGUCGGAACCGGUGCACUAGCGGGUGGGAGUCAGAAUAUAUGAACAGGACCAAGCUCUCGUUAGGGUGGGAGUGA